AUGGCCAAGGCCGACAAGGUUGAUAAAAAGGCGUCGAAGGUCAAGGACGUGAAGUCCAAGGCUGCCGCCCCCGCGAAGAAGGUCGCAAAGUCUUCGGCCGCUAUCAUUGCUGAGGCCAAGGCAAAGACGAAGAAGGCGCCUGCUCCCGCAGCCAAGGACUCGUCUUCCGACUCUUCCGACUCCGACUCCGAGCCCGAGGUGAAGAAGCCGGCCGCGGUUGCGAAUGGCAAGGCCAACGGCAAAGCUAACGGCAAGGCUAAGGCUGCCGCAUCUUCCGACUCUGAUUCGAGCGACAGCUCCGAUGAGGAGCCGUCAAAGGCUGCUGCCGUGAAGCCGGCUGCCGUCGCGAAGAAGGCUGCAUCCUCUGACGACUCGGACUCGGACUCUGAUAGCGACGACGAGCCCGCUCCACCCAAAAAGGCCGCCGUUGCGCCGUCAAAAGCCAAGGCUGCACCGGCUAAGGCUGCACCCGCGAAGAAGGCUGAGUCGUCAUCUGAGGAGUCUUCGAGCGAGGAAGAGGCGCCCGCGAAGAAGGCUCCUGCGCCUGCAUCGAAGAAGGCCGACUCCGACAGCGACGACUCUGAUUCCGACUCGUCCGACGACGAGCCUGCCACCAAGAAGGCUGCACCUGCCGCUCCCGCAGCGAAGAAGGCCGCGUCUUCUGACGACUCUGAUUCGGACUCAGACUCGAGCGAGGAGGAGAAAGCGCCUGCGCCCAAGGCUGCCGCUGCCGCGAAGAAGGCAGAGUCUAGCGACUCUUCUGACGACUCUGACUCCGACGAGGAGGAUACGGAUGGAGACGUUGAGAUGGCCGACGCUGCGGCGCCCAAGACCAACGGUAAGCGCAAGGCUGAGGAGUCUGCGCCUCCCGCCAAGAAGGUCAAGCUCGCUAAUGGCGACGCUGCACCGGCUACCAACGGCGAGGAGGAGACCACCUCCAUCUUCGUCGGCCGCCUCUCCUGGAACGUCGACAACGACUGGCUCAAGUCCGAGUUCGAGCAGUGCGGCGAGGUCGUCUCCGCGCGUGUCCAGAUGGACCGCAACACCGGCAAGUCGCGCGGUUUCGGUUAUGUCGAGUUCACCACGCCCGACGCUGUCGCCAAGGCGCUCGAGCUGAACGGCAAAGAGAUCGACGGUCGUCCCGUAAACAUCGACAAGUCGACCCGCACGGCCAACGCCGGCGACGCGCGCGCAAAAGCGGGCGACCGCGCAAAGGCGUUCGGCGACAAGGUCAGCCCACCCAGCGCGGUGCUGUUUGUCGGUAACCUUUCGUUCGACGCGAGCGAGGACGCGCUCUGGGAGCAUUUCGCCGACUAUGGUGACAUCAAGAGCGUGCGUGCGCCGACGGACCGCGAGUCUGGCAGGCCGAAGGGCUUCGCAUACGUCGAGUUCUCCGACAUCGAGGCGGCGAAGAAGGCGUUCGAGGGUGCUGCUGGCUCUGAGAUUGCCGGCCGUCCCAUUCGUCUGGAUUACUCGCAGCCGCGCGACAGCAACGGCGGCGGUGGUGGUCGCGGCUUUGGCGGUGACCGCGGCGGUCGUGGUGGAGGUCGCGGUGGCCGUGGUGGCUUUGGCGGCGGACGUGGACAGGACGGUGGCUGGGGCGGACGCGGUGGAGGUCGUGGUGGAGGUGGAGGCCGUGGCUUCGGUGGUGACCGCGGUGGUCGUGGCCGUGGCAGCCGUGGAGGCAGCCGCGGUGGAGGUGCUCGCACCGGCGGCAUCGCCGCGUUCGAGGGUAGCAAGGUCACCUUCGACUAG